AUGACGACCUUCAAGCUCUUUGGUACUGAGAUAUCGGUGCCGAAGGAAAGAGAAAACGAGAUACCACCUCUCUCCCAACUGCCUUGUGCAAUCCUGCAUACUAAUAAAGGCAUGAAGGAGCGUGGCCGGGUUUUGGUGAUGAGAAAGACACUGACAACAUCCGAUGUGUCCGUGCAUCAGUGUAGGCUUUUCAUCACCAAUAGUAAGGUGCUGUGGAGCCAGUUAUUGGAGGAGGAGCAGCUGAAGUUGCUGGCAAAAGAGCACGUUGAAGUUGAGGUCGUGGAUCCCAAGGGGGGGAGGACUAGGAUGAAGUUGAGGCGGUGGCAGAGUUUGAAUAUACUUGUGCUGAAUUCCGGAUGGGUAAAGCUUGUGAAGGUUAACAAGCUGGAGGCGAAGGUGCAUUGUAUUGAGUUGUGGACUUUUAGGAUGGGUGACAAGCUGUGCUUCGAUUUGAAUGUCGAAAGACAAUGA